UCACUUCUUGUUAAUGUCGUGUUCUCACAACAUAAAGCUGGAACUGGAAGCUAACGCAACAUCUCUCAUCAGGAAAUCUCCCAAGGAAAAAAGAAAGAAGCAACAUGUCAGACACAGAGACAAAACCGUCCAGUCAAGACGGGGGCGAGAAGAAGGAUGGAGAAUACAUCAAACUAAAGGUCAUCGGUCAGGACAGCAGUGAAAUCCACUUUAAGGUGAAAAUGACGACACACCUAAAGAAGCUGAAAGAGUCUUACAGUCAGCGACAGGGCGUCCCGGCGAGCACGCUAAGGUUUCUGUUUGAGGGACAGAGAAUCGCAGACAACCAAACUCCAAAAGAGCUGGGGAUGGAGGACGAGGACGUCAUCGAAGUUUAUCAAGAACAGACCGGUGGACUUUGGCAUGAUUAAACCGUCAGCUAUUGGGGAUCCUGUUUUUCUUUUUUUUUAUUUUGUAUGUAUGUAUUUUGUUUUUUCAAACCAUCUGGAUCGCAAAGGACUCACUAGGGCUUCCAAGUGUACGAGCUGGGAGGUGCUCAGGCGGCGGUAAGGCUGAGGACGCGGACAGCAGGGACUCUUAAGUCACACCUACAUUUACCCGCAAACAUCUGUCUUUGCUUUUGUUAAUACGAUUAGUUCUGUAACAUCGGUGAAUAAUGUUACCAGCGGAGCUCCAGGAAUACGUCAAACUUUGUGAAGUUAAUCAGGAAAGUCACAGCUUUGUUUCAGCUUUCUCUGUGAGAAUUAAAGUGGCUGUCCACAUGUUCUUUUCAAAUAUAAACAAGGAAGAUUUCAGUGUCAGAAAAGUUGCGCUUGAGACUGAGAAAGUUAGACACAUUAAUAUUUGAGGAUUUUAGCCGCUGCUUCUGGAUCGGAGCCGGUUCUGAUGACAAGGAUGUAGUCGCCCAUCUGGCUUUAAAACAAAAGGCUACUUCAAAUGUUUUGUCUCUGGAUCAGAAUUAACUGGCAGCAAAUCUCCACUGAAGCCGCUUAACAGAAAUGAAAGAAAACUCAUCAACAUUUACGUUCACGCGGCAUGUUAGCUGGGGGACUGUUUCCCCUCCACCGCUGAACUAACUUCACUGCCACCGUCUGGAGCUUUCGUCAGGCUUGCUCGAGUCCGCAGGACAACGUGGUGUCGGGUCGUUUUCUGCAGAUUUUAGGGAUGAGCUCAUGUGAGCCUGUCCGGAUUCGGCUCGCAGAGGCUUUAUGGUCACAUAUCAGACGAUUAGAAAAUGUUGGGGCUAAAUUAGUUUUAAAUAGAACUUGGUUACCUGGAGAAGCUGUUAAUCAGCUCUGUGUUCAGACCGGUAACCACGGCAACGGUAAAAAUGGCAGUGAUUAACACUGGUUAGAGAUUCCUGGUUCUGGUUUCAUUCAGCUUCAUGUUUUCUGGAUUGGAGCAGUUGAGAGGAACGGAUUGGCAUUUGGGACACUUUCAACACGUAUGACUUAAAAAAGUUAGUUUUUUUAGCUCCAAGCCUCCAAGUUCUGCUCUGAUUGUUUUAGAUGAUUCUCGUCUUUAGGGCAUAGCAGCUUUUUCUUGCACUCUUUUGUACACGAGGCAGUUCAUUCCACGUCCGACUAGAUUUGGGGGCAUUUAGCAGAUUCUGAGGGAUCACGUGACCAGCUAGCGGGAUGAGCGGAGCCGCUUCUUAAAUCUACUCUGGAAAGGAUCCACAGUUUCUGUGGAUUUGAAUCAUUUACAUCUGCAGCCUUUGUGCGCCACGUCUGAAGGACUGCACCGCUAUGAAAUUGUAAAAUUUAUCAAAUUUGAUUGGAAACCGUCACAUUUGACAUUUUAAACUUUUUUU